GACGUUGUCUCUGGCACUCUGUUCUUUGGCUGUUGAAGUGAACGAGAGGGAAGUUGACAAUGCCUGAACCAGCGAAGUCCGCGCCUGCUCCCAAGAAGGGAUCCAAGAAGGCGAUCACCAAGACCCAGAAGAAGGGAGACAAGAAGCGCAGAAAGAGCAGGAAGGAGAGCUACUCCAUCUAUGUCUACAAGGUGCUGAAACAGGUGCACCCCGACACCGGCAUCUCCUCCAAGGCCAUGAGCAUCAUGAACUCCUUCGUGAAUGACAUCUUCGAGCGCAUCGCCGGGGAGGCCUCCCGCCUGGCGCACUACAACAAGCGCUCCACCAUCACCUCUCGCGAGAUCCAGACCGCCGUCCGCCUCCUGCUUCCCGGGGAGCUGGCCAAGCACGCCGUCUCCGAGGGCACCAAGGCCGUCACCAAGUACACCAGCUCCAAGUAGGGACCCCAUCCAUCCAAACGUUCCCUAAAUGAACCCAAAGGCUCUUUUAAGAGCCACCCACUUUUGCAACAAGAGAGCUAAAGUUACUGGAAAAAUUUAGGGGUGAUAAAAAUGCAAACUGACAAAUUCUACUCGCUAUUAAAUAGUAUCUUGCUUUUAUAUCUGGA